UUUUGGCAUGAAGAUCGACCAUAGACCUUGAUGACAAGUCUGCCUACCUAGGGAGAUCAGAGGUCUCGGGCUUGGAUCUGACGCUUGUUAUUGUUGAUGUGUGGGACAGUGACCCCCCAGCGGUACUGCUCCUGGCUGUGAGGUCUUCCUUGCAGUCUGUUGCCAUUGAUUGGGUUGCGGUGAGGAGUAUGGACGAUCAGACAAGGAUGAUGCAGACUUUAGCAGGGGUGAACAUGGCCGGUCACUCUGUACAAGGGGGGAUGACUUUGCCUCCUCCCCAUGGACACGAUGGGACAGACGGGGACGGCAGAAAGCAGGAUAUAGGAGACAUCCUACACCAGAUCAUGACCAUCACUGAUCAAAGCCUGGAUGAGGCACAAGCAAAAAAGCAUGCGCUUAACUGCCAUAGGAUGAAGCCAGCACUCUUCAGCGUCCUCUGUGAAAUCAAAGAGAAAACAGGUCUCAGCAUCCGAGGAGCACAGGAGGAGGACCCCCCAGACCCGCAGCUUAUGAGACUAGAUAACAUGUUACUGGCUGAAGGUGUAUCUGGACCAGAAAAGGGAGGGGGAGCAGCUGCAGCCGCGGCAGCUGCAGCUGCAUCGGGUGGAUCCUCUGACAACUCAAUAGAACAUUCAGACUACAGAGCCAAACUCAGCCAGAUCCGGCAGAUCUACCACACAGAACUGGAGAAGUAUGAGCAGGCAUGCAAUGAAUUCACAACCCAUGUGAUGAACCUACUGCGGGAGCAAAGCAGGACGCGCCCUAUCUCUCCAAAGGAGAUCGAAAGGAUGGUUGGAAUCAUUCAUAGAAAGUUCAGCUCCAUUCAGAUGCAGCUGAAGCAGAGCACAUGUGAAGCCGUCAUGAUCCUACGCUCAAGAUUUCUCGAUGCCAGGAGAAAAAGACGUAACUUCAGCAAACAGGCCACGGAGAUCCUAAAUGAGUAUUUUUACUCCCACCUCAGCAACCCCUACCCAAGCGAGGAAGCCAAAGAGGAGCUGGCCAAAAAAUGCAGCAUCACGGUAUCACAGGUAUCCAACUGGUUCGGCAACAAAAGGAUCAGGUACAAGAAAAACAUUGGCAAGUUCCAGGAAGAAGCAAAUUUGUACGCAGCAAAGACAGCAGUGAAUGCAGCUCACGCGGUGGCAGCAGCCGUGCAGAACAACCAGACGAGCUCUCCCACUACACCAAACUCCGGUUCCUCUGGUUCUUUUAAUCUCCCAAAUUCAGGCGACAUGUACAUGAAUAUGCAGAGUCUGAAUGGGGAUUCUUACCAAGGGGCCCAAGUUGGAGCCAAUGUGCAAUCACAGGUGGAUACCCUUCGUCAUGUUAUCAAUCAGACGGGCGGAUACAGUGAUGCCUUGGGGGGGAAUUCACUGUACAGCCCACAUCACCUAAAUGCUAAUGGAGGGUGGCAUGAGGCAGCGACCCCUUCCUCUGUCACGUCCCCUACCGAAGGACCUGGCAGCGUGAACUCUGAUACCUCUAACUGAGUGAUUCUUCUCUGAGCUGUGUGCCAUUAGACUCUUUGACCAAGCAUCAUCGCAGCCUUCAUUCAAUACCACGUGAAGCAGUUUCCUAGGCCGGAGGAAGACGGUCACCUCUCUUCUGAUGAACAUAAUAAUUUCUCCAGCUUGGAGGCGCUGCUUUACCUCUUUCAAAUAGGGUCCGACUGCCUCACUGUAAAACCCAUCGGGAACGAGCUGUAGGAUACAAAUAAAACCCAUACAAGACAUCAACAUUUUUUUGGGGGCUAAAUCACCACUUUGAGAGCACUUUAUCUAAUUGGGCCAAGAUCUGCGUUAGCAUCAGUGAAAUGAUCUCCACGUCCCAUCGGCACUUUUUAAUAAAUGGCUAAAACUGACAGAAUGAACUAGCAGCUUUAAAGAGAAAUAUCUGCAUGUCUACCCAGAAUUCCAAGGUUUACUGCGAAAAGAGGCAAUUUAUAUAUCAUUAACAUCUUUUUUUUUUAAAGUUUUUGCUUGUUUUUCCAUGUUAAGCACCGCGUUACUGGUAUUCAUGUAAGCAGACGAUGCAUUCACUUUUAACACAAAUCCACAGACAUGGCACCUAAAUCUGUUCCGAUCAUUAUUUAAACAAUACCGCUUAAUUUAUCUCUCCCAAGAUUCUAUAGGUUGACUGCGUUUUUAUUUAUAUAAGAGUUUGCACUGGAAAGGAAAAAAAUAUCCAUAUCCAUUAAUGGCAAAAGUUGAAGAGCUAUAGAAUAUUCGUAUCCAAAGUAAUAUUUUAACUAUGGAAAUGUCUGUUUUGUCCUAUUUUUCUCAUUUAUUUUUCUCUUUAUUUAGAGAAUUGGUCCAGUGUUUCUUUUAUCUAACUCUUAUUUCAACAACAUACUGAACCCUUUAACAAGGAGGCAUUUUUAUAUAGCAAGCAGGAGGCUGUCUGCACUCAUUACGCCUGAAGAAGACACCUAAGUAGUCUUAAAAGCUUGCAACCUAAUGCAGUUCAGUUAGCCAAUAAAGGUAUGAUCUUUAGCCAGCUUGAUCUUUUUAUUUUUAGUUUUUUGUUUGUUUCUUUUGUUGAAUUAAGCAGACAUUGAAGUAGCCCGAUGAGUAUGUAUAACAUAGGUUGUGAAACUGUGCUGUAAACCAAAGAAACAAAGAAUUUAGACAUGACAUGGGAUUUGGAACGUUGAUUCCACCCAUAUUCUUGAACGGUUUAGUUGUGUUUUUCCUUUAAAAAUGCCUCUUCUGUUCUGGGACUUUAUAUCUCCAUAAUAACAAAUAGUGUGUUAUAGGUCUAAUUAUUUUUUC